AUGGAGAACAGCCAGCCUGUGUCCAGUAGCCUCUACGUCUACACUCCUGACAAGGGAGCUCCCAUCUUCUUCGCCGCUGCCUUUGCCAUCUCCGCCCUUGGUCACAUCUUCCAGUGCUUUCACCAUCAGAGCUGGAGACUCAUGGGCCUGUAUGCCAUCAGUGCCAUCAUCCUUACCGCCGGCUAUGCAUUUCGCAGCUAUGGAGCAUUCUUCUACAGCAUCACCAGCCACGGCCUGGCCUUGUACACUCUCAGUCAGCUCUUGAUUCACAUCAGCCCUCCACUCCACGCCCUAGCCAAUUACUAUGUCUUGUCCCGCGUUUUCGGCUACAUUCCUCAUCUGGCACCCUUCUCCUCCCGCAAGAUCUUGGCUGUCUGCGGCGGUAUUACCGCCUUCAUUGAGCUUCUAUGCAUCUUGGGAGUUGCUCUGGCCGCCGACCGCACUAGUCCUCCAGACCAGCAGUCUGCCGGCAAAGGACUGAUCAUUGCUGCCGUCGCCCUACAGCUUACGGUCAUUGUCUUCUUCUACAUUCUCUCUGGUUACUUCCGCAGACAAAUCACCAUGGACAAGAUCACGUCUCCCGCCGCCAUCACGCCCAUGGUCGUCUUGUACAUCAGCACCCUCCUACUCCUGAUCCGCGGCGCCUACCGACUCGUCGACGCCAUUGCCGACACGUACACCCACCGUGAUGACUUUGGAUUUGUCCAAGAGUCGAGCCCCAUGAUGCGCUACGAAUGGAUCUUUUACGUUUUCGAGGCCACCCUGAUUCUAGCCAAUUCCGCCAUUUGGAACAUUUGGCACCCUGGCCGCUACCUCCCCAAGGACCACCAGACUCAUCUCGCUCCCGACGGUAAGACCGAGGUUCAGGGAGUUGAGCAGCCCGAUCACCGCUCCAUGGCUACCAAGGUUGGCCAUAUCCUCACCUUUGGUGCCUUCUUUGGCCGAAAGGAUGGUCCACUGGAUGGUGAGGGAGAGGCCAUUGCCUUGAACGAGAUGGCCCGUUGA